UGUACGCAAAUAUUUUAACCGAGUGAGGGAGGGAGGGAUGACGCUGGGGCUGAUCAAUGCGAACCCGGUAGUCCACGCGAAGAAGGAGAGGAUCUCCCGCGCUGAGGAUACUCACGCAGAUGAUGCAGUGGAUCCCCUUGAUGUCUUUGGUAUCCUGCUUUUGAUUCCGUUGAAUUCCGAAAGUAAUCAAUCUCCAACUCCAUUUUCGCUUCGCCUUCUUUGGAUAACUUUCACCCCAACUGUUCAGCAUUGCAGUAUGGCAACAGUUAUUGGUUUGUGUCUAAGGGUCAAGCUAUUGCAGUCUUUCCCUCCACAUUUUAAGGUUGACAUCCAUGUUACCCCAGGAUCUCAUGCUAAUGAAGAAUCAGGUUCGCAGUCGUUCAUCGGAGUGAACUAUGGGCAAGUUGCAGAUAACCUUCCCUCCCCAACGUCGACCAUCCAGCUCCUCCGCUCCACCACCAUCACUAAACUCCGCCUCUACGGCGCCGAUCCGGCCAUCCUCCGCUCCCUCGCCGGAACCCAAAUUUCCGCCGUUAUCGGCGCGGCCAACGGUGAAAUCGCCUCCCUCGCCGGCGAUCCUUCCGCCGCCUCCCGAUGGGUCGCCUCCAAUGUUCUCCCCUUCCUUCCAUCCACCUCAAUCUCCUCCAUCUCCGUCGGAAAUGAAGUUCUAUCCUUCGGCGAUCCCUCAAUCAUAUCCCAGCUCCUCCCUGCAAUGCAGAACCUCCGAUCUGCUCUCAUCGCCUCGUCGUCCCCAUCCGCUGCUGCCAUAAAGGUCACCUCCGUCCACUCCAUGGCCAUCCUGGCACAAUCGGAACCACCUUCUGCUGGCGCAUUUCACUCCGACAUCGCCCCCACGCUCCAAGCCGUUCUUGAUUUCUUGAACAGGACCGGAUCCCCCUUUAUGAUCAAUCCCUACCCGUUCUUCGCUUACCGCAGCGAUCCGCGGCCCGAAACCCUAUCGUUCUGUCUUUUUCAACCCAAUCCAGGGCGAUUCGACGCUGGUAGCAAGCUCACAUACUCCAAUAUGUUCGACGCGCAGGUAGAUGCGGUACGCUCGGCACUGAAUUCUGCCGGGUAUCCAGCGGUCGAGAUUGUUGUGGCAGAAACAGGGUGGCCCUACCGUGGGGAUCCGAAUGAAGUCGGAACGACCGUGGACAAUGCUAGGGCUUUUAACGGGAAUCUGAUCGCGCAUCUCAGAUCAAUGGUGGGUACGCCAUUGAUGCCGGGGAAGUCAGUAGAAACCUACAUUUUUGCGCUGUAUGACGAGGAUCUGAAGCCGGGGCCAACAUCAGAGAGAUCUUUCGGGUUGUUCCGGCCUGAUUUGACGAUGACGUAUGAUGCGGGGUUGAAGGAGGCGGCGGCUGCUCCGGCGGCUGCGGCAUUGGGAGGGUGGUGCGUUCCAAAGGAGGGUGUGACGGAGGAGGAGUUGCAGGAGAACCUUGAUUUUGCUUGCGGGCAGGAGGGGGUUGAUUGCAGUUCCAUACAGCCUGGAGGAGCAUGUUUUGAGCCGAAUACAGUUAAAUCACAUGCAACUUAUGCUAUGAAUCAGCUGUUCCAGGUUUCUGGGCGGAAUGCGUGGAACUGUGACUUCCGGCAGUCGGCUAUGCUUACGGCUCAGAAUCCCAGUUAUGGCGGAUGCGUAUUUCCUGUAGGUGGAAGCUAAGUUGGAUGGCUGAUUACCGUUUUCGGAGAAGAAUAAGAGAAGAAGGUGAAUCUUUUAUAUAUAUAUUUUUUGCUCUUUUCUUUUUUUUGGGCAAAAUAUUACAUAAGGACGGUGGAGGGUGGAUGACCGUGGUUUGGCGGAGAAAAAAAAAUGAAUAAAGACCUCCCCUGGAUCGCAAUGGUGGUCGUAAGUGCGGCGUCCACACCUAAUAAUUGUUCUUGUUUUGUGGUGGUGGAAGUUGUUGGAAAAUGGUUGGCUCAAACGUGAAAGAUGUGAAGUUUAAAUUGGCAAUGGGGGUGAAUUAUUGUAUGUUGUACCAGUGGAAGAUGGGAUGUGAUUAGGCUCUUUUUGUUGUAAAUUAUGACGGAUUUGGUAUAUAAGGUAUGUAUGUGUGUUUUUUAUUUGGUUGAUAUUGGCCUUUUGUGUAAGUGGAUCAAGUUGUUGUUUGGAUGAAAA